AAAACGAAAUCAAAACUCACUUCAAAAAAACAAAAUUAAGUUUAUUAACCAUACAGUGAGUGAAUGAUGUGUGCAUGUUAUAGAAUUGAAUAGAAAUAUUCGAAAAUCUCUUGCAACGCUCGCGGAUACAGGCAAACAUAAUAGAGACGCAUCAUGACUGGCUUUACAAACAGCGGUUUCGAAAAUGAUGAACCUGUUAAGCCAAAAGUUGGCUUUGAACCGGACACAGCAUCGCUUAGAGAGAAAGUUAUACUCAAUCCGGGAGAGAAAUGGCGCAUCUUAAAGAACAUCACCAUAAUAUCUUUUGCUUUUAUGGUUCAAUUUACAGCCUUUCAGGGUACCGCUAAUUUGCAAUCGUCGAUUAAUGCUACCGAUGGCCUUGGCACAGUUUCGCUGAGCGCCAUUUAUGCAGCUCUGGUGGUCUCUUGCAUAUUUCUGCCUACAUUAAUUAUACGCAAAUUGACCGUAAAAUGGACUUUGGUGUUUAGUAUGUUAUGCUACGCUCCUUAUAUAGCGUUCCAGUUAUUCCCACGAUUUUAUACUCUGGUACCAGCUGGUAUUCUAGUCGGUUUAGGUGCGGCUCCUAUGUGGGCUUCGAAAGCCACCUAUUUAACUCAGGUGGGUCAGGUUUAUGCCAAAAUAACUGAACAAGCGGUAGAUGCGAUAAUUGUAAGAUUCUUUGGCUUCUUCUUUUUGGCCUGGCAAACAGCGGAAUUAUGGGGAAACUUAAUCUCAAGUCUUGUGCUCUCUAGUGGGGCACAUGGUGGCGGCAGUAGUAGCAGUAGUGUUAACAACACUAUCACAGCUGAAGAUCUUCAAUUUUGUGGUGCCAAUUUCUGUGUCCAUCGCGUUAAUGGCCAUAGCAAUUUGGAACGCCCACCGGAGCAUGAAAUCUUUGAGAUCUCUAUGAUAUAUUUAUCAUGUAUACUUGCCGCAGUAGCGAUAAUAGCCAUUUUCUUGGAUCCUCUUAAACGUUACGGUGAGAAACGUAAAGGCUCUCAGUCAGCUCAGGAAUUAUCUGGCAUGCAGCUACUUUCGGCCACAUUUCGUCAAAUGAAAAAGCCGAACCAACAGUUACUUAUACCGAUUACGGUGUUCAUUGGCAUGGAACAAGCUUUUAUAGGUGCCGACUUUACUCAAGCGUAUGUAUCCUGUGCUUUGGGUAUACAUCAAAUUGGUUUUGUGAUGAUAUGCUUUGGUGUCGUUAAUGCUGUCUGCUCAAUACUAUUCGGUUCAGUGAUGAAGUAUAUUGGACGAACUCCAAUUAUUGUAUUGGGUGCUGUGGUACAUUUUACUUUAAUUAGUGUAGAGUUAUUUUGGCGUCCCAGUCCCGAUAAUCCCAUAAUAUUUUACGCUAUGUCCGGCCUAUGGGGUGUAGGAGAUGCCGUAUGGCAAACGCAAAUCAAUGGCUUAUAUGGGUUACUCUUUAGACGUAACAAAGAGGCCGCCUUUUCAAAUUACCGCCUCUGGGAAUCGGCAGGUUUUGUAAUUGCUUACGCAUAUGCAACUACGCUAUGCGCGCGGAUGAAAUUAUACAUAUUGCUGGCUGUGUUGACUUUAGGUUGCGUGGGUUAUGUUAUUGUCGAAAUACUUUAUAGACGAAAGCAACGUAAGGUUAAGAGACAAGAAAAGGAUGAAUUUGAUAAGAAAGAGAAAGAGAAGGAAGCCGAAGCUAAUAAAACUGGAAUAGAUAGCAAUAUUAAUGGCUUGCCGGUAUCGGUUGAGGAAACCGACGAUGAACUUGAUGAUCUCGAAGAGGAUAUUAUAGUAACUCAUUUCUAAAUAAAUAUAUAUGUAUAUAUAUAUAUAUAUAUAUAGAAAUUAAAUUGUUUAACGGAAAAGCUGUUUAAAGCUUUUCCUUCAUUUUAGCUUGUAAAUCAUUUCACGAGCUUUAAAGUUUACACAUACACACACACACACACACACACAAACACACAAACACACACAAAUUAUAUACUUUCACUUACAUUAUACUUAUAUGUUAAGUACUUAUAUGUUAAGUACAAAGUUUAGGAAAAAAUACUUUUAUUUUUAUGAUUAUUACAAGCAAAAUAACAACAAUACCGAAUGAAAUUCUCAGCAUACGG